CGUUCCAGGCGUUGCUCACAAGCACAUGGCCAAUGGCAUCCUGGGACUACUCUGCAAGCGACACUACCCAGGCGCCAUGGAUAUUGCUGGGGUACGUCAGCCGGCGUCUUCGUGGGAGCACUACAUCGCCACACCAGAUGCACCAGAUAUGGAAGGCAGGGCAUUCGACAACAAGGCGCACCGAGUGUUGAACGAACUAUGGGAUUUCUACAGAUGCGAGGAGGGAAUAAUGCCCAGGGCGAUGCAGGUGGCUAGCAAAGCAUGUUACAAGCUGGUGGCGGAUAUGCUUUACGAGGCGCAUAUCCAGGUCAUCAUCGACUACAAGGCUAAGAUCGAAAAAGUGAGGAUCUACAAAGGACCUGCGAGAGACAUCAGACUCACCCGGGAACAAUACUUGCGGGUGCCUCCGUGGUGGAUUGCCAAUGAUUAUCCCGUGCUGGGAAAUGAUAGUGGACCGGUGGUGCUCGUAAGAAUGGCUGGAUAUGCACGAGGCUGCCCGGCAGUAGCGUUUGAUGAUGCCAGGUGCAUCGCACCAUCAGGGCAACUGUAACCUCAAGGCGUACGCGGCUAGAUAUUUGGCGGCACAUGGUGGUGUGCCUUGCUCCCAAGUCCAGGCAUACUGUUUGGCCCUGUGAAGGCGACGUCCGAUGUCACCUUUAACCCGCAGGAUCCGCCCGAAGCGUACAACAACACAAGUGUCCACAACCGCCUCAGUGAGUACACCUCGAUGGCACAAGAAGUUCGUGGGCCGGAGUUUGAUCCGAUCAAUGAGCCCAUUGACGGAGAAGUCGUCAUGAGGGCGGGAGGAGGAAGAAGUAUGGACGGUACUGGUUUGGCGACAGCUUAGUCGACACGGCCACUACUCCUACUCUCUCGCAGAUUCGAGCUAGGAGUACCAUCUCAAGCCCGGCCAUACGCCCAUAGCCAGACACUACACAGACUCAGAUUGAGGCUGUCAAGGCCCAGAUGGAAGCAGCCUUUCAAGCACGGCAGGAAGCGGCAGAGGAGAGGUGGUGGGCCGAGCGGGACGAGAUGCAGCAAAAAUUGGAUCAAGCUCUAACAUUUAUGCAAAGCCUGGGCUCGGCGAUGGGUAUUUCGCCUCCACAAUUCCCUCUGGCCCCACUUGCUCCUCGGGCAGAAACUCCU